UGCAAAACCCAUUUUCUUGUGCUGCCCCUUUGCCCGUUUCUCUCAAUUGCUGGAACUCCAUGUCAGUCCCUUGCUCAAAUUGGGGAGGAGAGAACUGAUUCAUAAAAUCUUUCAAGGGCAUCUUCGCAAAGCUGCCCGAACCUGGAGAUCUAUCUACCCAUUCUCAAUUCAUCAAUUGCAGGGAGCCGCAAUUCAUGUCGUAUUACCUUCAACCGGAUUCUUAUGGAAGAAGACAUGGAGGAUAAGACUUGCAUGCUUCAAGAUUCUUUGGAACUUCAAGCUGCUGAGAAAUCCUUCUAUGAUUUGCUUGGGAAAAAGUAUCCGCCUUCCCCUGUACAUAGCACGGAUUAUAUUGAUGGAAAUGGUGAGAGCCCAGAUGAUAAUCACUAUGUAAGUAAUUAUGCCAGUAGUAGUAAUAGCAGUAGCUGUUUUGUUUAUAAUAACUUGAUUCGAAAUCAGAGAGAUUAUAGUUAUACCCCGCAAUUACAAAGUCUUCCUCUUUAUACCAUUUCUCAGUCAUCUUAUAGCUCUUCAAAUAGUGUGAUCAGCAGUUUGGAUGGUUUAGUGGACUCUCCUAACAGUAGUCUUCAGGUCCCGGAUACAAAUAGCGACAAUCAAUCUGUUUGGCAAUUCAUGAAGGGGGUUGAGGAGGCUACUAUGUUUCUUCCUCGUGGAAGUGAGUUGUUUUUUAAUUUGGAAGCGAAUGGGUUGUUAUUUCGGGAACCAAAGGCAAGAAUUAGUGAGGUGGCGGUCAAGGUGGAGAAAAAGGAAGAGGGGGAGUACUCACCUGCUGGGUCUAGGGGAAAGAGGCAGUCUUAUGAGGAGGAUGGAGAUACAGAAGAUGAGAGGAGGAGCAAGCAAGCUGCUGUAUAUAUCGAAUCCACUCUGCGGUCCAAGAUGUUUGAUACAGUGUUGCUUCUUACUAAGGACCAAGGUAGGGACCAUGUGUCACAACUUCGUGAGGCCUUGCCGAAUGAAAUAAGCAAAACUGUACUGAAGAAUGGGAUAGGCAAAAAUGUGUCACAGAAUGGGAAAUCAAAAGGAUCUAAUGGUGGAAGAGGACGUGGUAAGAAACAAAGUGGAAAUAAGGAGGUGGUGGAUUUAAGAACUCUCCUAAUUCAUUGUGCCCAAGCUGUUGCAGCUGAUGAUCAGAGGAAUGCAAAUGAAUUGCUAAAGCAGAUCAGGAAGCACUCUUCUCUUUUCGGUGAUGGAAAUCAGAGACUGGCAUAUUGUUUUGCUUAUGGGCUUGAGGCACGCAUGGCUGGUACUGGUAGCCAGAUAUAUAAAGGCCUUGUUAGUAAAAGAACAUCUGCUGCCGACAUCUUGAAAGCCUACCAUCUAUACCUUGCUGCAUGCCCGUUUAGGAAGUUGUCUAAUUUUGCUUCAAACAGGACGAUAAUGAGUGCAGCAGCGAAGGCCACAAGGCUCCAUGUCAUAGACUUUGGUAUUCUUUAUGGUUUCCAAUGGCCCACCUUUAUUCAGAAGCUCUCAUGGAGAGAUGGUGGUCCUCCAAAGCUUCGCAUUACAGGAAUAGAAUUUCCCCAACCGGGCUUUCGGCCAGCAGAGCGAGUUGAGGAAACAGGACGUCGCUUAGCAAAUUAUGCUGAGAGUUUCGGCGUGCCAUUUGAGUACAACCCCAUAGCAAAAAAAUGGGAAACCAUUCAACUUGAGGAACUUAAAAUUGACGAAGACGAGUUCCUUGCUGUUAACUGUUUGUAUCGAGGUAAGAACUUGCAUGAUGAAUCUGUGUCAGUUAAGAGUUCAAGAGAUAUCGUCCUCAAUUUGAUAAGGAAGAUCAAUCCUGACAUUUUCAUCCAUGGGAUUGUUAACGGCGCCUUCAAUGCCCCCUUCUUUGUUACCCGGUUCCGAGAGGCAUUGUUUCACUAUUCUGCACUGUUUGAUAUGCUCGAAACUCUUGUACCUCGUGAAGAUCGGGAGAGGAUGCUGAUUGAGAAAGAGAUGCUUGGCAGGGAGGCUUUGAAUGUUAUAGCUUGUGAAGGCUGGGAGAGAAUGGAGAGGCCGGAGACAUACAAACAGUGGCAAGUCCGAAACCUAAGAGCUGGGUUUGCCCAGCUGCCUAUGGACCGGGACAUUGUGAAGAAAGCAAUGAGUAAGGUGAGGUCGAGCUACCACAAGGAUUUUGUAAUUGAUGAAGAUAGCCGGUGGCUGUUGCAAGGAUGGAAGGGGCGGAUCAUCUAUGCCCUUUCUUGUUGGAAACCUGCUUAGUCAACUUGUCAGGGGUCCUCUCAUCUCCUUGGCAUUUCAUUAGCAAUGAUUGAGGACCCAAGCUAAUGCUUCCCCUUGUUUCUACUUUUGUUUAAUCAAUCUCUUAUGCUGUUGCUCUCAUCUGUGGUUAUUUCAUUAGCAAUGAUUGAGGACCCAAGCUAAUGCUUCCCCUUGUUUCUACUUUUGUUUAAUCAAUCUCUUAUGCAGUUGCUCUCA